AUUAGCUGUAGUAAGAAAUCAAAUACAAUGCAACUAUACUGCACCUAGAAAGUAUACUAAACCCAAAAAUAUAACGUCAAUCAAACUUGUGGAAAUCAAAGACUUUACGUCUAGUUUAAUUAGUAAAUUUUGGAAUGUGUCACACUCAUUGACUCCUCCAUUACCAUUGAAACCAUUUGUAUUAAUGCAAUCUAAUGCAAGUGCGCCUGAGAUUUCAGCUCAUAGAUUUGAAAGAAGUCAG